AUGACCUGGGAUGAACAACUACCUGAAGAUAUACUAUCACAAUUUAAAGACUGGUAUGAUAAUGUGACUUAUCUUAAUAAUUGCAGAUUACCUCGAAGACUGUCUGUUGAUUUGCUUCCUGAGUGCAGUGCGAGUCUACACAUGUUUUGCGAUGCGAGUAAGGAUGGCUAUGCAGCAUGCGUCUUCUUAAGAACGGAAAAAGAAGGUAAUGUGUCCGUUCGUUUAAUAUCUGCCAGAUCAAGGAUAUGCCCUCCAGAAAAGAUAACAAUUCCCCGACUGGAACUGCUAUCAGCCUUAAUUGGUUCAAGACUAUUGAAAGAGGCCAGAGGAAAUUUGAAUUUAAAUUGUGAUGAAUUCUGUUGGAUUGACUCAGGAGUAGCACUGUGUUGGAUCAAGAGAGAAUUACCAUGGAAUACUUUCGUAGGGAACCGUGUAAAAGAAAUAAGACAAAAUUCUAAUGCAAACAAUUGGCACCACAUUCCAGGAACUGAGAACUGGGCAGAUUUGGCGUCCAGAGGCUGUAACGCACGCCACCUGCUUGAAGUCCGUUGGUGGGAAGGUCCGAGCUGGCUGCUUCAGCAACCCGACAUGUGGCCACGAUCUGCACUGGUAGUUGAUGAAAAAACCGUCAACAAAGAGCUGAAAAAGUCUGUGUGCCAGGUUAAUGUUUGCUCUGAUGUUAGUAUAAUAGACCAGCUGUCUAAUUAUUUUUCAAAAUACACAAAAAUUGUACGAAUGACAGCAUGGAUUUUCAGAUUUUCUCACAAUACACGUCAUAAGAAUAAAAGAAAGGGAGAACUUACCUUUGAAGAAUGUGAUGAAGCUGAAAAGAAAUUAAUAAGAAUUAUUCAACAAGAAAAUAAAGAACAGAUUGAGAAACAAUCUGGAAAAUCAAGGCAGAUAUAUUAUGAUACAGAUAUGAUAAUGAGAGUUAAAACAAAGCUUUUACUCACCGAUUUCCCAGAAUGCACGAAGUCACCGAUGAUUGUUCCUGCAAAGAAUGUUAUUAUCCGCAGAAUGGUUGAACAGCGUCAUCUGCAAUUAUUGCAUACUGGGGCCAACACGAUGAUAACUGAUCUACGGAAACGAUUCUGGAUUCUUGGUAUCAGAUUAUUAGUGAAAUCGGUAAUAGAUAAAUGUGUUGUGUGCAGAAGACACAGAUCACAGCCGACACCAGCACCAGCAGCUCCGCUACCACUCGAUCGAGUUCAACUUACUGCUCCUUUUCAGGUGACAGGUGUUGAUCUAGCGGGACCUCUCUACUUACAGGAUGGUGAGAAAUGCUGGAUCGUGCUGUAUACAUGCGCAGUAUAUCGCGCAGUUCACCUUGAACUAACAAAAUCUUUAUCCACAGAGGCCUUUCUACGGACGUUUCGCCGAUUUAUCGCACGCCGCGGACGUUCGAGCAUAAUGAUAUCAGAUAAUGGUACUAAUUUCACAGGCACUAGGAAUCUUUUACGUGACAUCGAUUGGGACGAGGUACAACGCCAAUCGACAAUUCAACGCAUCAAAUGGAAGUUAAACGUUCCCACAGCUGCAUGGUGGGGCGGUUUCUUCGAACGCCUAAUUAAGGUAAUGAAAGAUUUAUUACGAAGAGUGCUAGGCACGUCAUCAGUCUCAUAUGAUGAAAUGCAGACUCUGUUAUGUGACUGCGAAGCCGUCAUCAAUGACCGGCCGCUCACAUAUGUAGAAGACGACAAGGCAAAUGCUUUAGAGCCCUUGAGGCCCUCUUGUUUUCUACAAACUCUACCUCAAACAGAUGUGACUGAUCUGGACCAGAUAGAUAGUAAGAAUCUUAACAAAAGAUUAAGAUAUUUGCAGAAGCUGAGAUCAGACUUUCGUCAACGAUUCAAGAAUGAGUAUUUAACAACACUGGUACAAAGAGGUAAAGAUAAAAAUAGUACUCUAAAGGUUGGUGAUAUAGUCCUAAUAGAGACAGAAGAUAAGAGAAUAAAAUGGCCAUUAGGACUUGUUGUAGAAAUUAUUACAGGUAACGAUGGUGUUAAUAGAACUGCCAAGGUAAGAACAUCAGCUGGUUUAAAAACCCGCCCAUUCCAACGUUUGUAUAGAUUGGAGAUUUCCUCUUCAGAGGUGGAGGGUGACGAAAGCAACUAUGAGAACAAAAUUGGUAAGAGAUAUCGCAUAGUUAUUAAUCCUAGCAGUACAUCAAGUACCAUGUCCGGAGCAGAAGUUCAGCAACCUGCAUACAGUUAG